GAAAAAGUACCUCCGUGGAUCAAAGAUGCCAACCAGGAAGGUACAAGAUUCUUACAAUCCCUUCUAUAUUGAGCCUGAUAAGCUUGAGUCGGAAGAUUUCAGCGAUGAUUCGUUGCAUUUUGACAUCGGUCACGAUAUGGCUUCGAGCACCACAAAUCUAAAUGGUGACAAAAAAGAAAGUUCGGCACAAUCGCCGAAGAAACCUGCACUUUCUGUAAAAACCAGAAAACGGGGCUACAGUUUGCGUACCCAAUUACUCAACAAUAGUAUGCAUCAACAGGUCGAGCACUUCCUUGAGCCCCCACUUACAGAUUUACACGAUCAUGGAAAUGGUGGCGGCGGCGGUCAAGGUGCAUCAAGAGCUGUGAAUCAGACGGUCAGGUUUGACGAUGAGCCUACCCCGAUGGAAAAUAUCGAACUAAAAUCCGUUGACAACACUUACACGCCAAAUGAUUUAGAUUUCGUAAGAAACAAUGAACAAUACCCCCAGUUGACGAGCAAUAGAUUCGACACUUUGCUCACUAACGAAUCUAUCAUGGACUUGAACGACGAGGUUCUCCCGCUUACAGAUCUUAAUUUGAGUAGUAAGAGGAAUAAAAUUCGUUUGAGCGAGGAUGAUAACCACAACGAUUACUCGUAUAGAGGAGGGACUGGGAAAGCAAAAUCAAAGAGAACACUGAAAGCUUUCUCAAGUUUAAAAUUCCCAAAUAUUCUGAAACGGACAUUUUUGCUCUUGACAGGUGCUAGACCAGAGUUACCAUCCGUUGGGGGACGUCAAAUUCCGAUCACAAUGAACAUGACUAACACAGAUUUCCCAAUAGUAAAGAAUAAAAAAAAUGAAACUUUACUUGUUGAUGAACGUAUGAACACGCCUUAUGUGAACAAUGUGAUAACAUCGUCAAGGUACACUUUAAUAAGUUUUUUACCAAGACAACUAAUUGCUCAGUUCUCUAAGUUAGCAAAUUGCUACUUUCUACUUGUUUCCAUCUUGCAAUUGAUACCAUCUUGGUCUACGACAGGAACCAGUACUACCAUUAUUCCGUUGUGUAUUUUUAUUUCGAUCUCGAUGUUACGUGAGGGAUACGAAGAUAUCAGGAGACAUAAAUUAGACAAGCAGGAAAACAAUAAAACAACAAGGGUCUUAAAGGAAAUGGAAUCUCCGGAUUCAUUGUUUGAAUCCGAUAUGAGGUUUAGCAAAAGCACAACAUCUUUUUCAAGGUUGAGACCAAGUGGUCAAUCUUUUGACUUUGAUUUCGAAGAUGACUUAGAACUGGAAGACCAGUCUGCACACCCAAACUCCUUUGACAAUGAUCAACUUUUGGGCGGACUAGGGAUUGCAACUAAAAAAACAAAAUGGAAAGAUUUGAAAGUUGGCGAUGUCAUAAAACUAGAAAGUGAUGAAUGGGUUCCUGCAGACAUUGUCUUAUUGACUAGUACAAAUGAAAUGGGUGAGACUUUUAUCGAGACUAUGGCCUUGGAUGGUGAAACAAAUUUGAAAGCCAGAAUACCCAAUAUCGAGUUGCACAAAGUUGCAAACAAAGCAAAAAACUUGUUCAAUAUCUCGGGAACAGUUUUAUCUGAAGACCCAAAUUUAGAUUUAUACAACUUCGAAGGUUCAUUGGACUUGCCAAAUCUGGAAACGCAGGAAAUGAUAACUUAUCCUCUGGGUCCUGAUAGUACCAUUUAUAGAGGUUCAAUUAUUAGGAAUACUGAUAGUUGUCUUGGUAUGGUUAUUUUUACAGGUGAAGAAACCAAAAUAAGGAUGAACGCAAUCAAAAAUCCAAGAAUCAAGGCACCAAAACUACAGAGAAAAAUUAACAUGAUCGUUGCAUUCAUGGUUUUUGUUGUUUUAACCAUUUCCUGUUUCAGUUUAAUGGCAGAGAGGCUUUUUUAUAAAAAGUACAGAGACCUUACGUGGUAUACAGAUGGUGCCGAUGUUGGUGUCGCACCAACUAUAAUGGGAUUUAUUAUUAUGUUUAACACAAUGAUCCCUUUGUCUUUAUACGUCACAAUGGAAAUCAUCAAAGCUAUUCAAAUGGCAUUGCUUCAAUGGGACAUUGACAUGUAUCACUUACCCUCAGACACCCCCGCCGAGGCUCGUACUGCAACCAUUUUGGAAGAAUUGGGCCAGGUCAGCUAUAUUUUUUCUGACAAAACGGGUACUUUGACAGACAACAUCAUGAUUUUCAGAAAAUUUUCUGUAUGUGGUGUGCCAUGGAUUCAUGACAUUGACCUUCUGGUGAAAAAAUUGGAUGAUCCGAAAGAUUUUUCUGAUGUGUUUUCUAAAGAGGAGGAAAAACCAGGUGCAAUUGUGACUUCAGGACGACCAAGUAUGGCAUCGUUGUCUGAUUCAACUAGAAGAAAAAUACCCAAAGAAAACGAGUUUGAUCACCAUGAUAUCAAAUCCUCACUUGAAUUUGUCAAAUACAUUCAAGAAAAUCCUCAAUCUCUUUUCUCUAAAAAAGCCACAUUUUUUUUACUCUCUAUUGCACUAUGCCAUACAUGUUUGCCUCGAAGAGUUCAGGCAGAGGAUCGGGAUUCAAUUGACUCGUUGGAGGAAGCUUCUCCAACUGUUGCAAGCGAGGACAGGAGCGUAAGUAAUUCAACAAAUCCGUUUGUGGUAGAUCAAAACAACAAGAAUGUUGAUGAAGAUGGAAAAAUUGAAUAUCAAGCUGCUUCUCCAGAUGAGUUGGCACUCGUUCAAGCUGCAUGUGAUAUGGGAUUUAUACUUUUCAACAGGAAACAAAAAAUUGUAACUUUGAAAUCAUAUCCACAUUGUUUCGACAAGGAACCAGAACUCACGAAUUAUGAGAUUCUUGAUGUUGUUGAGUUUUCAUCGGCAAGGAAGAGGAUGUCUGUAGUAGUGAAGUUUCCCGAUAAUCGAAUUGUCCUAUUUUGCAAAGGUGCGGAUAAUAUCAUAAUGGAAAGAUUAGCCAAGGCUGACAUUGUCACCAGUGAACAGCAAAAUUUGAAAAGAUCAAUAAGUUUGAGAAAGAAAGCUGAGUCCGAUUUUGUUUUGAGCAGAAGAUCAAUUGAAAAUGCAGGAGAGACUAAUAGCCCUAGAAAUUCUUUUGCGUCAAAUAGACUGAGUUUUACAUUGAGUAGGCUCAGAAACAAUAACGAGGGUCAUGAUAACAUUAGUUCUAUUUUAGAUUCUAAUGAAGCUGGUGCUAUUUACAAGGAGUCGAAGAAAUCUCUUGAUAUGGAAAGCAGGAAAAAAUAUAAUUUAUCCCAAGAUCAAUAUAUUCCAUCUAAUAAGUGGAUCUCGGAUGAUCAUUUUGUUAUCGAGCGUACUUUACAACAUAUUGACGAAUUUUCUUCAGAUGGUUUGAGGACUUUAUUGUAUUCUUACAGGGAUUUAACUGCUCCCCAGUAUGAAGAAUGGAGUAAAAGGUACGCAACUGCCAAAACCUCACUCGUUGAUAGGUCGACCAAGAUAGAGAAUGUCGGGGCGGAAUUGGAAGAAAAUUUGUCCUUGUUAGGAUGUACGGCUAUUGAAGAUAAAUUACAGGAUGGUGUACCUGAAGCUAUUGAAAAGUUGAGACGUGCUGGAAUUAGAAUGUGGAUGCUAACUGGGGACAAAAGAGAAACUGCUAUCAAUAUUGGGUACUCUUGUAAAUUGAUCAAGGAUUAUUCUUCAGUGAUAGUUCUUUCGAUUGAGGGAGCUAAUUCCACUGAUAAGCUUAGAUCGAUUAUCACUGCUACGGAGAUCGAACUUGAUGAAGGUGGUAUAGCUCACUGUGUUAUUGUUAUUGAUGGAGCAACAUUGUCGGAAAUUGAAAAUGACCCAACCAUAAUGCCGUUAUUUAUUUCAUUAGGAGUAAAGGCCGAUUCUGUUAUUUGCUGUCGUGCCUCUCCAUCUCAGAAAGCUACAAUGGUUAGUAAAGUUCGAGAAUUGGAUCGCAGCAAAGUUACAUUAGCUAUUGGUGAUGGUGCCAAUGACAUUGCCAUGAUCCAAAGUGCUGACGUUGGUGUCGGAAUCACUGGUAAAGAAGGCUUACAAGCUGCGAGAACUUCAGACUAUUCAAUUGCUCAAUUUAGAUAUUUGUUGAAGUUGUUACUGGUUCAUGGUAGAUACAACUACAUCAGGACAUCAAAAUUUGUGUUGUGUACUUUUUACAAGGAGUUACUAUUUUAUUUGAGUCAGCUACUUUAUCAAAGGUACACGAUGUUUACUGGAUCUUCUUUAUACGAAUCAUGGUCGUUGUCGAUGUUCAAUACUUUAUUCACAUCUUUACCAGUGUUAUGCAUUGGUAUGUACGAUAAAGAUUUGAAGCCGUCGACACUCAUUUCGGUUCCAGAGUUAUACAGCAAAGGGAUCAACAAUGAAACUUUUAACUUGGUUGUUUUCAUUAAAUGGGUCAUAUUGGCAGCUACCCAAUCGAUCUCUUUAUGUUUUAUUUUAUGGUAUAUUUAUGGAUUCUCAGCUUUGAUUGACAAUACGACCUAUCCCAUGGGAGUUAUAAUGUUCACGGUCCUCAUCAUAAUUAUCAACACGAAGUUGAAUAUAAUCGAGAUGCACACAAUUACCAAACUUUCCAUCAUCUCUUGGGUUAUCUCAGUUCUUGGAUGGUGCGUUUGGUGUAUGCUAUUGGUUGGAUUGUACAAGAGUAAGAUCAAUACGAUUUUUUAUGUUCAGCACGGUCUUUUCGAGCAUUUCGGUCGGGAUCCAUCUUUUUGGGCAACGCUGCUAAUAUUAACGGUGUUGGGAAUUUGGAUCGACUUUAUUUUCUACUCAGUUUCAAUGUGUUUCAAGAUGACGGACACUGAGGUUUUCCAAAGGCUUGAAAAAGAUCCUAAUAUUGAAAAACAACUCGUGAAGAACUCUUACUAUGAAUUGAAACAGGGAUGGACUUGGUUACACGAGUCUCAGAUUGUUGAACAAGAGCCUGACGGCCUGGGCGAAUAUGAUACUUUGAAAAAGCAUGUUUAUAAUUUUCGGUCUUUCAUGAAGAAAGGAUCGAUCCACCCGAGCGACUUCACCCAAUUACGGAAACGGAAGGGGACGAUGGUGAACCCCACAGAAUUACCUCCUAAUUCUCCAACAAUCGUGAAGAUCAACUCAAACGAUACAUACACUGAGGAGAUGCUACCUAGUGGGGAGAUUGUUAGAAUCAGGAAAGACAGCCAAACCUCUGGUAAUAGCGAUCAAUUUUCCAAUCGUGCUUAUCGCAAGAUUUUCAGAAGCUCCAAGAACAAAGAUGUCGAAGGAGAUGAUGGUGUCUCUGGUAUGAACGGUCACAGCAUUGACGAGAUUCUUCGUGAGAGGCAGCGGGGUUUGGAAGAAGGUGAAGAAUGAGAAGGACCGAAACUUGAUGAGGUUGAAAGAUUUUAUAGAAAAGUUUGGAAUUUUGGAUUUUUAUUUUUAUUUUUGCAAGUACUCUUUACUAAACUAAUGGAAAAA